AUGACCACUCACACCUCACAUAAAAGAGGAGUCCCACACAGCGCUCUCGACGUACUCGCCCCUCCUCGCUCUCACCGGUACGACAGUCAUAGCCGCUCACCAGCUACGUUGCCGCCGCAUUUAUGCUGCCCUGCUCCUCCAGUGAAUAUCCUGAAUUCACUGAAUCCGGUGCACAAUGUAACCCUUAAUGGAGACUAUCCUCCUCUGAGAGCUAGACGAUCAGAGAGCUCAGUAUCCUAUUCAAAAAAAUCAAGUUCAAGUACUUCGUGCACUACACUCAACAAAGAUUACAGCACCCCCAAACCCUCAAAGUCGACAUUGUCGCGGGCAAAGAGCGUCGCUUCCCAAUUUCUACGUUCAAAACGACUAGAAACCUCUAACAAUUUACCACCUUCGUCCCGUUCUUCUCUAAACAUGUCCAAAAGUUUGCCAUCGCUUCCAGACAAAAAUGAAUUACCGCUCCAGGAUACCCCGCCCUCUCCAACCUUGCUAUCCAGUCCAAGAAGCAUAUGUUCGAGCUCUUCAUCAGCACCUCUUCUGUCCGGGAGUGAUAGCGUACAUCUUCGCUCAACAGAAAAUUACCGGAACAGGAGUGAUAUGGUAGCUGUAGAGAUAGCGGAAGACAAAAUGAAUGCGACACUGCCGGAGGGGACCAAUGAGCGGAAUUAUAAAUUCACAAAAGACACAACUGAACCUCGGACCACACAAUCGAAAUCUGUUGUUUGUGGCACAAGCGCGACGCGUACAACCAUAAAAAGGGAGCAAAGUAGAGUUUAUGCUGCAGAGGAUAUGCACUCUGCUACGGCAAUACCAUCUGGAGGCACUCUAUCAUUAUCCCCAAUCCCUCCUUCUAUCCCGAGCAAUUCGCUUAACUCUGGUAGCGGGGCUCAUAGUUUCAAAUCCAUCUCAGAGGGUAAAUCACGUCGCAUGACCAUCAAUGUCUUUCCUUCCUCCAACCAAUACAUCAAAACCGGUAAACAUGAUGGACACGGAUUUGAUGUUAUAAAAAACAAUUUCAAAGAAGGCCCUCCGCCUGGUGGUAAUCAGAACCAUAGAUGGGCUCACCACACCAACGUCCUCAACGGUGAAUGGAACCAGCCCGACAUGCAACACGUCAUUGACAAGCUUCGGGCACUACGCUGA